GGCGUGCUUCUAUUGUAAGAUGACAGUCGCGACUCUGCCUUAGGACAAGAUGGCAGCUGCGGCAUCUCUCGCUCCGUAGGAAGGGUAAUGGUGGUGAAGCAAUAACUUGUGUUGAUCAGCAUGAAUAGCGUGGGCGAGGAAUGCACGGAUAUGAAGCGGGAUUAUGACCAGUGCUUCAAUCGCUGGUUCGCGGAGAAGUUUUUAAAGGGAGCAGGCAGUGGCGAUCCGUGCACCGAGCUUUUCAGACGGUAUAGAGAAUGUGUUCAGAAAGCCAUUAAAGACAAGGACAUCCCGGUGGACGGAGUGGACUUUAUGGGGCCUAGUAAAUCAAAAACAGAAUCCGACGGCUCCUCCUGACCCAGCGCGGGCCCCGGAAGAGACUGGGCCCGUAUCGUCAUAUCCCCUGCGAAUGGGAAUACUUUUAUAAUAAAUUAUAGGCAAACUUGGUUGUGUGGUGUUGACCAGUUUAUAUAUACAUGCAUGUCUUUGGGGCACAUCAUAGUUGCCACUGACUGCCUGGUAUUUUACUAGCCUGGCUGGUAAAAAUGAUCCAUACCAACAAACAUUUUGGAAAUAAAAAGAGGGACAAAAAAGGUGGCGAGUUUUUUUUACCCACGCUCAUUUUUGUGGCCACACCCCUACAAAAUUUGGCAGGUUAUGAAAGUUUGAACAUAUUUUUUUUUCCAGUUAUUACAGUUUUAUAAUGAAGGUGAAUUGCCCUUUAAGAUGUGAGUCUAACAUUUCCCGAAGGGACCAGUUAUCUUAUAUUGUUCCAAUAAGGGUCAGGCCACACAAGGAGAUUUGGGGAGAUAAGUCGUCCCAGCAACAAAACUCCUCUUCUUUGGGGCAAAUAAUCUCCCUGAACUGCUUGCCGUCCGCCUGCUAAAAUGCAAACUGGGGACUUCAUUUUUUGAAGUUGUCCGAAGUUGCCUCAUGAGGAUUUUCUAGAAAUUGUUACAAUUACUUAUUUGCUUUUCUUGAAAUUGUUACAAACGUAUCUUAUCUGCUGCUGUGGCUGCUCUGGGCUCUCUGCCAAAAGCCAAUUAGGUUAGAAACUUUGUUUCUUUUUCUACCUGUUCAGUGCAGGAGAAAACGGGACUUUCCAUUACAAAUGAGGGACUGCGGGUUGAGCUGUCAAAAGAGGGACUGUCCCUCUAAAAUCGGGAUAGUUGGGCUGUAUGAUGAUGGUUUAUCCGAAUGUUAUAAAUAGGGAAAAAAGAUAAAUACAUAGGAAGGUCGGUAUUUUUUUCCAGAAAAG